UUCCAGAUUGCGCUGCAUGUUGCAAGCUGCAACCACAGGAUAAAUACUGCAGUAGCUACGAAAUAUGUUAUAACAGACAAGACAUUAAUGCAAAUAUGUCCAUAUUUACUCCGACUAACCAGAAAAAGCUUACCAAUGUUGCUGUGGUACGCAUGAAAAAGGCUGGCAAGAGGUUUGAGAUCGCCUGUUAUCCAAACAAAGUCACAUCAUGGAGAAACAAAGUCGAGAAAGACAUAGAAGAAGUACUGCAAACUCAUGCAGUUUUCCUCAAUGUUUCCAAGGGCCAAUUAGCCAAAGCAGAGGACCUACAGAAGGCGUUUGGCACAGAUAACCAGGAGGAGAUCUGCCUAAAGAUAUUAGCAAAGGGUGAACUACAGGUCUCAGAGAAAGAAAGGCAAGGGCAGCUGGAGUCAAUGUUCAGAGACAUAGCCACAAUAAUAGCAGACAAAUGUGUCAACCCAGACACAAAACGUCCCUACACUGUGACCAUGAUUGAAAAGGCCAUGAAAGAUGCUCAUAUCUCUGUGAAACCAUCCAAAAGUACAAAGCAACAGGCACUUGAAGUAAUCAAGGAGUUAAAAGAAUUUAAAGGCAUAAAUAUUGAAAGAGCUCAGAUGAGACUAAGGAUAGCCAUUGCAGCUAAAGAUGCCAAGAAACUUAAGGAUAAACUAAAAAACUUGUCAAAGAGUGUGGAGUCCGAAGAGUCGGACGGAGAUGAAUUGGAAAUGGUUAUACUAAUAGAUCCAGGGUGCUACAGAGAAAUUGAUGAUCUGGUCAAAACCGAAACCAAAGGCAAGGGAAGAAUAGAGAUGUUGAGCUUAAAGGAAGUGGUGGAAGGAGAUGAAAAAUUUUAAUGAAUACAUUAAAAAGGACUCGAGUUAAAAACCAGCAGUUGGAAGAUUUAUGAUAAAGAAGGAUUGUUUUCCAGUCAUACAGGGUUGAUUGAAAAUGGACAGAUUAACUACUAGUAGCUUGAAAUAUGGUUAGCUAGUUUUGAUUGUGGGCAUGAAAUUCUAAGAAUACCUUUGAGGGUAAUAUUUGGGAACAUGGAGACUAAACAAGCAGGCAAAUUGAAUAGCCCCGAACAUGACCAGCAAUCUUUGCUCCGCUCAAAACAUGUAGUCAGUUUUGUCAAACUGGAUACUUUUUCCGUUUUUUUUAAUGCUUAUUUUUUACCAUUUUAGAAAACAUUGUUAUCAUGACCUUAUCCUGUGUGAUUUUGUUUUCUAUUUAAACCAGGUAUUUGCUUAGUGCAGCAGACGCUUAUCUAUUAUAAAAGGUUGAGAUUUAGUUGAUGUAUGUCAGUCCUUCAUAUUGGACUGUAGGAUGCUUAUGUUUUCUUUAUUGAAGCUGCUGCUCCAGCCAUUUGAUUUUGCAAUAUCAAAACUUGGUUUUGAAAAGUUUAAAAUAUUUAUUAUUUAUACAUUGUUAAGUGUCAGGUGAUGGGUGUCCACUUGCACUUGCCCUGGCAGGUUAAAGACAAGUUAUAUAUUUAAGUUAUAUAAAGAACCUUUUAAAAUAGUUUUCUUACUGCCAGCAAGUAUGUUUUUUUUUAUUUUUU